UCUCUCUCUCUCUCUCUCUCUCUCUCUCUCUCUCUCUCUUCUUCCUUCCUUCCUAAUUCUCUCUACGAAGAACAUCGAUCGAUUUUUAGUUUACUUUUUAGAUGAAGAAUUAGGGCAAAAUUUUGGGGCUUUGCACGGCAGCGGGUGGUCGUCGAUGCGCCGUUUAACUAGGAGACACGACGGGUUGGAUUCCUUGACCUUUUGCCGCCGUGCAUGGGUCUAGUGCGUUGAUUUUAGAUUCAGACCUUUGACAGGAACUUCAAUACUCUCUCUCUCGCUCCUGAUUCUCUCUGCGCGAAGAAGACCCCUUUGUAUUGGCCGAAAUUGAAGAAAACAUUUUCGACCAAAUCUUUUGUGAAGAAGGUACGGUAUUCUUAGUGUAUAGUAACAUUGGAUUUUGGUUCUCCCCUUUUCACUCUCACACUUAAUUGUUCUCUUUUAUUUUUCUAAAGUUUAAACUGACAUCGAAUAACAUGCCCUAAACAUUUUAUGUGACUAGAAAUGGACAAAAGCUGGAUGCUUCUCUCUGAUAGAUUUUGUCCAGCCUAUGUUGAUGGGGUGGACUCGUUUAUUGAAUUUGCAAAGGCACAUUUGAGUGGGGAGGUGGAGAUAAAGUGCCCAUGUACUAAUUGUCAUAACUACUAUAAGAAUAAUUAUGAUACUGUGAGAACUCAUUUGCUUAUACGGGGGAUGAUGGUGUCUUAUACAACCUGGUUAUUACAUGGUGAACUUCCUGAACCCGAUGAGCAAGAUGAUAGCGAGGAUGAAUACAAUAAGGAUAGAGGUGAUGAAUAUGAGCAAUUGAUAGAAGACCACUAUAAGGGGACAUACAUGGGUGGUGAUACCAUAGAGAGGGAGGAUGUGAGAGACUUUGAAAAUUUAUUAGAGGCUGCCCAACGUAGCUUGUACCCAGGUUGCAAAAAGUCAGAUACCUUAUUAGCCUUUGUCAUUGAGAUGUUACAAGUGAAGGUAGAAAGUGGGUGGAGCAAUCGAUCUUUCAACAAGAAUUUGGCGAAAAUAAGCCGAUUCUUACCUGAAGGGCAUGUAGUUCCAAAGUCAAUUAAUGAGUGCAAGAAGCUAUUACGUGAUUUGGGCUUGGGAUAUGAGUUCAUCCACGCAUGCCCAAUGGAUUGUGUGUUAUUUUGGAAGGAAAAGGCUCACUUAAAAAAAUGUCCGAAGUGUCAUAGUUCUAGGUACAAGGUCGAUGAUGGCAAGGGUAAGAAGAUCCCUCAAAAGAUACUUCGUUAUUUUCCAUUGACUCCUAGGUUGCAAAGAUUGUAUAUGACUUCGGAGAUAGCCAAAGACAUGAGAUGGCAUAAUGAUAAGCGUGUGGAUGAUGAACAAAUGAGGCAUCCGGCUGACACCCCCUAGUGGAAGGAAUUUGAUCGAAUAUAUCCUGAGUUUUCCAUGGAGACCCGCAAUGUUAGACUUGGACUAGCUACUGAUGGGUUCAAUCCUUUUGGAACCAUGAGCGCAUCGUACAGCAUGUGGCCUGUGAUAAUGACACCUUAUAACCUACCACCAUGGAGAUGUAUGAAGGAUCCAUUUUUAAUGAUGUCCUUACUUAUUCCCGGUCCGAAUCAACCGGGGACAAAUAUUGACGUCUAUUUGAGGCCCUUGGUUGACGAAUUGAAUGACUUGUGGAAUAAUGGUGUCAUGACUUAUGAUGCCUCAGCUGGAGUAGCCUUCCUAAUGCAUGCUUCUUUAAUGUGGACUAUACAUGACUUACCCGCGUACGGUGAUAUAUCUGGGUGGAGAACAAAAGGCUAUUUGUCUUGUCCCACUUGCAACGAUAGUCCUAUAUCGCAAAGGUUAAUUGACAAGAUUGGGUGGGUGGGUCAUCGAUCUUACUUGCCUGGGAACCACACUUGGAGGAAGGACAAGAAGUUUAAUGGUUUUCCAGAGUAUGGCAAGAAAUCCUUGGAGUUACCGGUUGAAAAGGUAAUGUCUCAGUAGGAUAGGUUGCAACCAGUCGAGUUCGGAAAGGAUACUAGGGGUAGGAAAAGAUCUCGUCUUCGUACCGAAUUGAAUUGGACAAAAAAAGGCAUAUUUUGGGAGCUACCAUACUUUCCGAGCUUGCUGAUCCGACACAACUUUGAUGUCAUGCAUAUAGAGAAAAAUAUAUGUGAAAGUGUCUAUGGGACGAUGUUGUCUAUAGAUGGAAAGAACAAGGACACAUACAAAGCGCGAGAGGAUUUGAAACAAAGGGGAAUAAGGCCUGAACUACAUCUACAAACUACUGAAAAUGGAUCAAUUUUGAAACCUCGGGCGUCAUACACGUUGGAUCCGCAUCAAGUAGAUGGUUUUUACGAAUUUUUGAAGUCAAUUAGUUACCCAGAUGGCUAUGCAGCAAACAUAUCAAGGUGUGUGACUUCAAAGAAUGGCAGGUUAUCCGGCAUGAAAAGCCAUGAUUGUCACGUCCUCCUUCAACGUCUUCUUCCUAUUGGCAUGCGUGGUUUUGUGAGUAAGGAGAUAUGUACAACAUUGUUUGAGUUGGGAAAUUUUUUCCAAGAACUUUGCUCGAAGACAUUAAGGCGAAGUGAUAUGGAAAAAUGGGAGGAACGAGUGGUACUAAUACUUUGCAAGCUAGAGAAGAUUUUUCCUCCGGCUUUCUUUGAUGUGAUGGUUCAUUUGACUGUUCAUUUGUCGCGUGAGGCCAUGGUUGCUGGACCAGUUCAAUAUCGCUGGAUGUACCCAAUUGAAAGGUUUCUGGGUAAACUAAAAAAGUAUGUCACCAAUAAAGCACGGCCAGAAGGAUCAAUUGCUGAGGCUUACAUUGUCCAAGAGUGCCUUACUUUUUGUUCAAUGUACUUGAGAAAUGGGAGUAACAAACCUGAACGAAAUAGAGAUGGUGUUGAUCGUGGCUUUGAGAUGGAGAUAUUCAACCAGCAUGUCCGUCUCUUCUCACCCAUCGUAAGGGGUCUCGAACCUUCCCAAAACGAACUAGAAAUUGCUCAUUGGUUUGUGCUAUACAAUUGCCCUGAGGUGGAGCCAUAUCUAGAGGAACACGAGAAUAUUAUACAAAAUCCACAAGGAUGUGAUAUAACUCAGAUCCAGCGAAAGGAAUUUCCAAUUUGGUUCAAAAAACGCAUGAAUGAUUUAAGAACCGAAGGAUCACAAGAGGCAACCGAUGAACUAUGGUCAUUAGCAAACGGUCCAGGUUCCAUAAUUGAUUUUUAUUCUGGCUGCAUUUGCAAUGGUGUCCGAUUCCAUACCAGAGAUCGUGAAAGUCGUCGCAAGUGUCAAAAUAGUGGGAUAGUUGUGGAAGGGGAGGAGAGAGGAAAGAAUAUGAACUAUUACGGCUACUUGAAUAAAAUAUGGGAAUUAUGAUACGCAAAUGGUGGUAGAGUAGUUCUAUUUCAAUGUGAAUGGUACAAUACUGGUCAUAAAAGUAGAAUAUACACCGAUGAAUAUGUCACCAGCAUUGAUAUUACGAGGCUUUGGUACAAAGAUGAUCCAUUUGUCCUUCCAAGCAAUGUGAAGCAAGUCUUUUAUGUUAAUGACACCACCAAAGGAAAAAAUUGGCGAGUGGUAGAACUGGUUCGACAUCGAGGUGUAUGGGAUGUACCGGAGCAAGAUGAGUUGCCUCAUGAUCCAUUUCAACAAGAUGAAACCGAAGACGGAGGUGUCGAAAUCAUCACUGAAGAUUUUGAAGUUCAGCACGAUAGGGAUAAUGUUAAUCCUGAGAUUAGUCCUGGUGAUGAACUCAUUGCUGCGCAAGUUGAUGACCAGGAUAAUGAGGAUGACACUGUGGCAGAAUACAUGGAUGAAGAAAAUGAUGAUUUGAGUAGACAAAAUGAUCUAGAUGCAGAUUCUGAUGCAGAUUCUGAUGCAGAUCCUGAUUUAGAUGCUGAUGUUGAUUAUGAUAUCUAGAGUUUGAUAAUAUGUAUUUUUUGAUAGAGAUGGUGUUAUCUUGCUAAUGAAUUUCUAGAUUAUAAUAGUAGUUAGUGGAUUUUGACCUUUUUUUGAUAGAGAUGGUGAUAUCUUGUUAAUGAAGUUCUAGAUUCUGACAAUAGUUAUUGGAUUUCGACCUUUAUAUUUCAUGGUAUCGUGUUAUGUUUCAUACAAUGUAUUCAUUUCAUUUUGUUCUUCAUGGUUUAUAUACUUGAAAUUU